AUGAAAGAUUUGCAAGAACUAUUAAAGAAACAUGCCUCUGUUUUCAGGGAGGAGCUUGGAAAGAUUCAGGGGCUGCAAACUGAAAUCCAUGUGGAUCCUGAGGCAACCCCCAGAUAUUUGAAGGCGAGGCCUGUCCCCUAUGCAUUGCGAGAAAAGGUGGAUAUGGAACUGGACAGGCUGGAAAGGGACUCUGCCGUAUUGAGCCCUCGUACUGAUUCUAUUAUGCGGUUUGCUCAAGAAACACCACAGGUGGAAUUGGCAAGCCCUACAACAAUAGGCUUUUACAGCAGUAAAGCAGUUACUACAUUCAUCGACUCUGUUGGGCUCAAACUCCGAAUUCUGCAGGGUCCGUGGUCCUUUUAUCUGAAAAUGAAUCAAUCGAACGUCUGGCAAGUGAAUUCCACUCCAACCACCGAGAGGGAAAAUGGAUCGAGGGCAAGACACGGAAACCAGCCCGGAUCUGACCAGUUUACACCAUACACCAACAUCAUCAUGCCAAGUGUGUUUGGGGUCAUCAGUUUUUUGGGCGUCACAGGCAACUGCAUUGUAAUCUACACCAUUGUUAGGAAGACCAAGUUCAGAUGCAAGCACAUGGUACCUGACAUAUUUAUCUUCAACCUGUCGUUAGUGGAUCUGUUGUUCCUUCUAGGGAUGCCCUUCCUUAUUCAUCAGCUUGUUGGGAAUGGAACCUGGCAUUUUGGAGCUGCCAUGUGCACCAUCAUAACAACCCUGGACAGCAACAGCCAGAUCACCAGCACCUACAUAUUGACUGUAAUGAGCUUUGAUCGUUAUUUAGCCACAGUUCACCCACUGAAAUCUACCUAUAUGUGCACAACAUCUGUUGCUACCUUGGUGAUCUGCUUGGUUUGGCUAAUGUCCUUCUUGACCAUCAUCCCAGUGUGGCUAUACACUGGACUGAUGCCACUGCCAGAUGGCACAGUUGGUUGUGCCUUACUCCUGCCCAACCCAACCACUGACAUCUAUUGGUUUACACUUUACCAAUUCACAGUGGCCUUUGCCAUUCCUCUGGUCAUUAUUUGUGUUAUUUACUUCAAGAUCCUCCAGCACAUGUCCACCAGCGUAGCCCCCCUACCACAAAGAAACCUCAGAAUGCAAACCAGGAAAGUAACCCGCAUGGCCAUGGCCAUCUGCUCAACCUUCUUUUUAUGUUGGGGACCUUACUAUAUCUUUCAACUGGUUCACCUGAGCAUUGAAAAGCCAAGCCUCGCAUUCAUCUAUACAUACAACUUUGCCAUCAGCCUGGGCUAUGCCAACAGCUGCAUCAACCCUUUUUUAUACAUUGCCUUGAGUGAGACCUUCAAACAUCAGUUUCUAAUGACUGUCCACCCUGCCCAUCAGCGGUUCCGGGUGAAUAACAGUGUGGUGGAAGGAAGCACGUCCAUCAAACUGUCCAGUGAACCAACACAACAAAUGCGUUUUACAGGAGAAUUUUCACAAAACUCUUUGCCUGUCCCAGUUGCAGUUCACUGA